UAUCGGCCAUUCAAUGCAACGACAACAAGAUAUCAUGUAUCAUUGGUUGUAUGCAUGUAUUGGUGUCUAUUUCUGUCUCUAUCUCUCUGUCUAUCUAUCCUCUAUCUAUCUCGCCCGGUCCACCUUAAGUGCAGCUUGAGCAGGCUGUCGUGUUUGUGUUGAAGCCAACAGGCACAAUAUAUUACAGUCUAGGGCUCGCUGCUGAAAAUCCUGCUGGAUCUUUCAGUGACCUGCUGUUCUUUCCUGCUUUCCUGUGUUUUUUUUCUUCCUCUCUAGAUUUAGAUUAAAUACAAAGCCCUUUCCUCCUUCUCCCUUGCCUUUUUAGACCUCAGCAAAGAAGCCCUGUAGUUUUGAGGUACUGUUACAAGGUUGGAAGACUCGAAUGGAGAUACUUGUUUGUUUAUGUAGCUUGUUGGGGACAUUUGCAGAAGGACAAGACUGUGGACAACUGGACGUGAUUCUUCGGAAUUCGCUGCUCCUCCCGGUCUCCUGACCUGUCGGACUGAGAGCCGGACAGUAACGGAGUGGGACGUCAGGGAAUUCUGGGGGGAAAUCCAGUCCAAGUGUGAGUAAGGGGAUCUGUUUUUAGAAGACUCCAUUGUCGGAUGCACUGACAGCCUUCUGCGGCUUGGAAAGAACAGAGCCGGGUUCCCAAACUCGAUUCGGGGCUCUGUCCCCUGGUAGAGGGGGGACGCAGGAGUACGGAGGGUCAGCGCAUUGGCCGUCAAACCCAUAGCCGGGCAUCCCUCCGGUGACCAUGUACCCGCAGGGUAGACACCCGGUACCUCUGCAGCCUGGACAGUCAUUCAAGUUCACAGUGCUGGAGACUCUGGACCGCAUUAAAGAGGAGUUCCAGUUCCUUCAGGCUCAGUACCACAGUCUCAAACUAGAUUGUGAGAAGUUGGCCAGCGAGAAGACGGAGAUGCAGCGCCACUAUAUCAUGUACUACGAGAUGUCCUAUGGGCUCAACAUUGAGAUGCACAAACAGGCGGAGAUCGUGAAGCGACUCAGUGCUAUCUGUGCUCAAAUCAUCCCUUUCCUCUCUCAGGAGCAUCAACAGCAGGUUGUUCAGGCGGUGGAACGUGCCAAACAGGUCACCAUGGCAGAGCUCAACGCCAUCAUAGGGCAGCAGCAGCUUCAGCACCUGUCUCACCACACUCCAGGUAUUCCUCUUACUCCUCACCCUUCAGGUCUGUCUCUGGGCGGCACGUCAGGGCUGCUGGCCCUCACCGGGGCUCUGGGAGUCUCCGCCCACCUGGCCAACAAGGAUGAACGCAACCACCUAGACCCUGAGCACCUGCGAGAGGGUGCGCCCAGCAGGAGUAAAUCAGUGUCGUCAACUGACAGUCAGGCAGCGGAGGAUCGUCAGGGUCCCUCAGGGGUGUAUCCCUCACAGGCCAGCAGCGAUGCCAAACGGAGACGGUGUGAUGAAAAAGACGUCCUCCCGUCUCACUACGACAGUGACGGAGACAAGAGCGAGGACAAUCUUGUAGUAGAUGUCUCAAAUGAGGAGCCAUCCUCUCCCGUAGACAGUGCCCCUCUGUCUCCACAUGGGAAUGGUUUGGAUCGAGCCCCGACCCUGAGGAAAGAGCUCCCAGGAUCCCCCAGCCCCCCUCUGUCCUCCCCACCACACAGUCCACCCCCUGGCAAAAACAAGGACACGGCACACACAGAAAAAUCUCAGUCGCCCUCCUCUAAAUCAGGCAGUUCUUCUCCCUCUCACCAUGACACUCUCACCCCUGGCCCACCUGGCCCACCCGGGCCCAGCACUUCCUGUUUACGCCUGGUCAACAAACCUGCCUCCUCGGCGGACCCUCUGGCUCUGCGGAGUCCCUUGACCAUGACGCCCGGUUCUUACCCAGCUCACUUCGGGGUGGUGUCCCACGCUGGGCUUAACGGAGAGCUGGCCAGCCCGGGUGGGUUCGGAGGCUCACUCACCCUCUCGCCCCAAAUCAGUGCUGCAGCCAGUGCCUACACACGCAGCCCUAUGGUAGCGUACGAAUCUCGUUCACAUCUUAGGCCAUCAGGGCUGUCCUCCUCUCUGCCUGGCUCCACUGGUGGCAAGCCAGCUUACUCGUUCCAUGUGAGCGCAGAUGGUCAAAUGCAGCCGGUGCCCUUCCCUCCUGAUGCCCUCCUCGGCCCUGGCAUCCCUCGUCACGCCCGUCAGAUCCAAGUUUUUUUUAUGUGCGUGCAGAUCUUUUCUCUGGGUUAUUGUCCUACGGGCGAGUGGCUUGCAGUGGGGAUGGAGAGCAGUAAUGUGGAAGUGCUGCACGUCUCCAAACCAGACAAAUACCAGCUGCACCUUCACGAAAGCUGUGUUCUCUCGCUCAAGUUUGCCUACUGCGGGAAGUGGUUUGUAAGCACGGGAAAGGACAAUCUGCUCAAUGCAUGGAGGACGCCAUAUGGAGCCAGUAUUUUCCAGUCAAAGGAGUCCUCGUCCGUCCUGAGCUGUGAUGUUUCCCCAGAUGACAAGUAUAUUGUAACUGGUUCUGGGGAUAAGAAAGCCACAGUGUAUGAGGUGGUGUACUGAACACAAUGAUGGACGGAUGGAUGAACAAAGAGCGCCAAGCAUGAAACAAUCGUGGAUGGCAUGGCGGGCAACCAUAGCUCUUCUAUUUGCGGUCCUUAUCUAGUCACAACCAUUUGAGAGAUAGAAGGAGGCUUUGUUCAGAAUUGCAUACUACCAUACUAUUCAUACUUUUAUGCAGAAUGUAUACUGAGCACAGUAUGAACAUUUUCUUUAUACAUAAAAUACCCAGAUGACGUACUAACAGAGCUGGGUAGUAACGGAUUACAUGUAAUCUGGAUUACG